AUGGGUAUAUUAGGUAAAGCUAUCCAUCUAUCAGUAGAUCUAGUCCUUGUAUCAACUGCUUUGGCUGGUAUCAAAAGAAAUACAGGAUUGACUCCAAAAACAGAAAUCGCUGGUAAUACAGAAGUGCAAGGAUAUUUGGGCAAAUACUUGGAUGUUGGUGAAUAUGUCUUUGAUUCAAGCGUAGGAAUCAUGAACGCCUCUGGUUAUUUUGUUAGAAAAUGA